CGAUGGGUGUGUCCUGACCGGAAUGCUGAUAGAUAGCGGUGUGUACGGAGAGGAGUCCACCAGCGCUCGACAUGUCUCUGUACAGAAACACAGUGUGGUUCCUGAAAGGGCUCCGGGAAUAUACCAAAGGUGGAUACGAGUCUGCAGCCAAGUACUUUGCGGCAGAAGAUUUGCAAGUUGACGUUACAGGAAAAUCCUAUAUGAUCACCGGAGCAAAUAGUGGGAUCGGCAAAGCAGCGGCUCUGGCCAUAGCGAAAAGAGGUGGUACUGUUCAUCUAGUAUGCAGAAACAAGGACAGAGCAGAAGAAGCACAAAAAGAGAUCAUUACAAACAGUGGGAAUGAGAGUGUCUUGGUACACCUGCUAGAUAUGUCUAAUCCAAAGGAAAUCUGGGAAUUUGCUGAGAAGUUUAAGAAUGAAAACAGACUCCAUGUGCUGAUAAACAAUGCCGGGUGUAUGGUGAAUAAACGAGAAUUAACAGAUGAUGGAAUAGAGAAGAACUUUGCAACAAAUGUCCUGGGUACCUAUAUUCUGACUAGAGCAUUGUUAUCUGCACUGGAAAAUGAAGAGGGGGCCAGGGUGGUCACGGUCUCCUCGGGUGGUAUGCUGGUUCAGAAGCUGGACGUGUCGGACCUGCAGUUUGAGAAGGGCACGUUUGAUGGAACAAUGGUAUACGCACAGAACAAGAGGCAGCAAGUGAUAUUAACUGAACAGUGGGCCAAAUCAUACCCCAAGAUCCACUUUUCUGUCAUGCACCCAGGAUGGGCAGACACACCAGCUGUAAGGUCAUCCAUGCCGGACUUCCAUGAGAAAAUGAAGAACAGAUUACGGACUGAAGAACAAGGAGCAGACACGGUGGCGUGGCUCGCUUUAUCACCGUCCACAGUCAAACAUCCAAGUGGACUCUUCUUCCAAGAUCGGAAACCUGUUUCUACCCAUUUACCCCUGGCCAGCACACACUCCUCCUCCUCCGAUGAAGAGAAACUUCUCCAGACUCUACAAGACAUGGCACUGAAAUUUGCUCCAUCAUCCAAUCUGUAGACUGAGUAAACAUUCCAUUCUUGUCUAUUAGGAUGAUGUCCAAUGUUUGAUGCUGUGAG